UCCACUGAGAGGUGGAGCAACAGUGAAAGAGGGGAGCUGCAACAUCACAUUUCCUGAAAUAAAAUUAUUUCCUGAAGUCUAUUUCCUGAUUCUCUCCAAAGACAUCAUUCAACUGAAUCCAGCAGCUUUUUCUCAACAGCAGAAUCUCUGCCAAACACUGAGUGUCGACAUGUCUGCUGCCAGCUGUCUGCUGACUGAAGAUCAGUUUCUGUGCUCCAUCUGUCUGGAUGUGUUCACCGAUCCAGUCAGCACACCAUGUGGACACAACUUCUGUAAAACCUGCAUCACUAAACACUGGAAUAUUAAUGUCCCCAAUCAGUGUCCUAACUGUAAAGAGGUUUUCUACACCAGACCUGAGCUACGGGUCAAUACUUUUAUCUCUGAGAUGGCUGCUCAGUUCAGACAGUCAGUUCAACCAAAAUUCAUCAUCAGCAGUUUAGAGCAAGGGUCCAAACCAGCAGAAGUUCCCUGUGACGUCUGCACUGGAACCAAACUGAUGGCCCUGAAGUCCUGCCUGGUGUGUCUGGCCUCCUACUGUGAGACUCACCUGGAGCCUCAUCUGACAAUGUCAGGUCUGAAAAGACAUCAGCUGAUCAACCCUGUGGAGAACCUGGAAGGCAGGAUGUGUACGAAGCAUGAUAAACUGCUGGAGCUGUUCUGUAAGACCGACCAGAUGUGUGUCUGCAUGCUCUGCACCAUUUCAGACCACGUGCUACAUGAUGUUGUUCAUUUGAAAGAAGAAUAUGAAGAAAAGAAGGCCAAGCUGGGGAAGACAGAGGCUGAAAUUCAGCAGAUGAUCCAGAAGAGACAACUGAAGAUUCAAGAGAUCAAACACUCAGUGGAGCUCAGUGAGGAAGAUGCAGACAGAGAGAUAGCAGAUGGUGUUCAGGUCUUCAUCGCUCUGAAGGAGUCUGUUGAGAGAAGCCAGGCCGAGCUCAUCGACACGAUCAAAGAGAAGCAGAGAAAGAGAGAGAAACAGGCUGAAGGCUUCAUCAAAGAGCUGGAACAGGAAAUCUCUGAGCUGAAGAAGAGAAGCACUGAGGUGGAGCAGCUCUCACACUCUGAAGACCACCUCCACGUCCUCCACAGCUUUGCCUUCCUCAACACUGUUCCACCCACGAAGGACUGGACAGAAGUCAAAGUCCAUCCACCAAUUAAGGGAACUGUGGUGAGAGCUGUCAAUCAGCUGGAGGAGACCCUCAGUAAACAGAUGAAGAAGCUGCUCGCUGAGGCCGAGCUGAAGAGGGUCCAGCAGUUUGCAGUGGAUGUGACACUCGAUCCUGAUACAGCACAUCCAAACCUCAUCUUGUCUGAUGAUGGAAAAGAAGUUAAACAUGGUGAUGUAAAGAAGAAUCUCCCAGACAAUCCAGAGAGAUUUGAUACUGGUCCAAAUGUUUUAUCAAAGCAGAGUUUCUCUUCAGGAAGAUUUUACUACGAGGUUCAGGUUAAAGGGAAGACUCACUGGUAUUUGGGAGUGGCCAGAGAGUCGAUCAACAGGAAAGGAAGCAUCACACCAAGCCCUCAGAUUGGCUACUGGUUAAUAUGUUUGAGGAAUGAAAAUCAGUACAAAUCUUGUGCUGACCAUGUAAUCUGUCUCUCUCUGAAGUCUCGUCCCGAGAAGGUGGGGGUGUUUGUGGAUUAUGAGGAGGGUCUGGUCUCCUUUUAUGACGUUGAUACUGCAGCUCUUAUCUACUCCUUUACUGGCUGCUCCUUCACUGAGAAACUCUACCCAUUCUUUAGUCCCUGCUCAAAUGAUGGUGUUAACAUACACAGCACUAGUGAGAAUUGUGUAUUACAAUGAAAAGGGAAGCAAUUUUUCUGGAUUAAUCCGGAAUUUUUAGGGGAUUAAGCCCUAACUACUAUUGUUAUAUCACCACUGCAUGGGACAUAAUGCCAAUUAGGGAAGGACAGUUGAUUAAAUAUCCGAACCUGGUUCCUCUUGCCAAUGAAAAGAAUUUAAGACCAUUCAUUUAUAUAGUAGUUGUAGUAGUUUAUGGCGGAGCAGGGCACUGCAGGGCGUUACAUGGUGUAGUAAUUAUGAGAUCAUCAUUAUUCUUUGCCCGAGGGGGACAAUAUUUAGAUGUAAACCUAUAUCUAAAUAAUAUUCCGAUGUUUAUUCCACAUCACAUGCCAUCUGAUCAUUUGACUUGAUGACAUGAGAUAAGGGUCAUGGGUCACCACAAUCAUAUACACCUGAGGAAGGCCAAAUUUUGGGCUGAAACAUUGUGUGUGCCUGAUUCUGCACCAUAAUAUCUUUUCGGAGUAUUAUACUGGUGUGCGGACUUCACCUUAUUUGAAUACUCAAUUUUCUUUGUCCUGCACCCCUUAAAUGCCUCAUGGGCCAGAGAUACAAAAAAAUUCAAAAUAUAUGAAUCAAACUGAAGAAAAGACCCAAAAGAAAUUUGACAUAAGAACUAUGUGUCAACUUCUGAGAGCCAACCAGAUCAUCUGACGGAAGCUGUUGCAGAGGCCUUUACCAUAAAUUCUGUUUCCAACAAACUUCGCUUCUAACUUCAUCAAGACCUUUAGAACUUUCUGCCUUAAGUAUGCUUAAAAAUAUAGUAUACCUUGCUAAAGGACAGCUUGUUAAGGAUUUUUUACGCAUGACGUAGAUAGGUAGAGAUUUAAGCCAAUGUAUUAAAUGUGUUUUAACCAAUCAUAAAUAAAUAUAUUAGUUUGAUUUAGUUGUUUUGAAUAUGCAGUAAUAUUGUAAAUAUAUAACAGUCUCAAUAUAUACAUUUUCAGGUUUCAGUUUGUGUUUUUGAGUAUAUCCAAUAAUUAAGAGAUGUAUUGUUUGUGUUUUUGAGUAAACCCAAUCAUUAGGAGAUGUAUUGCUUGUAUUUAGGUAUAUCCAAUCAUACAUAGUGUUUAUCGCUCCAACUGUGUAAAAAGGAGACACAUAAGGAAAGUCCUCUUCUCUCGCUGUUUUUGAUUUGUGCCGGUCACCUGUUUUUGAUGAAAUUGUUCGAGAAAGAUAGGGAGGGUGUUUGUUGAUUUCUAGCUAGUUGAUCAUUUUUAGAAGCCUUUUUGUUUUGUAUAGGAUUUAGUGUGAUUGCAUGAUUGUCAAUCUUUAAAUAAAACCAGAUUGUACACUCUACAAUCUAACCAAA